AACAACAAGAAUUUGCAUUUCCAGCGUGGCAUAUCGCCACAUCAUGCCGGUGCUCUGAUGCCGCAACAGCAGCAGAACCAUCCGGCUGCGCCUCAUCUUGCUGAUCUUGCCAACUACGACCGAAAACGUCGCAGCGAAAAAGAAGCCGUUCGACUGGCUGCUGAGCAGCAGCAACAGCAGCAGCGUCGUGACCGAAGUGCUGCAUCUUCGCGUGAUCAUCAGGUCCGGGAUGCGCCACGUGAGCUGAAAACACCACCGCAUAUUGCUCGUGUAAGUGCGUCAGUUGCCGCGUCGAGUCCAGUGCGAAAGAUGAGUGAACCGGUGCUCAAUGGCAAAACUGAGAAUCAGGAUCUGGGUGUGUUAGCGAACGAACUCACUCGAAUGGGACGUCAACAGCAGCAGCAACAGCAACAGCAACAGCAGAAUGGCAGUUAUAGUCCACCACCACCAGCACCACCACCU